AUGUUUUUUGCAAAUAUUGGUUAUUACAGAUGGGGGUUUUCAAAUGGAUCUAAUGUUAAGUAUAGUGUUAGUUUAAAUCGGAUUUAUUCAGAAGGAGUUUGCAUCAACACAUCGAUCAUCGAUUUCGAAAGCUGCACCGAAAUUAUCGAAUUUGAAAAUUUUGAAUCAAGCAAAUCGUUUAACAAUAUAAGUUCUUUUUCUUCAAAAUCAAUCAAAAAUAUUAUCAUGGAUAUCAAGAACGCGAGUUUAAUACUUACUUGCUUAAUCGCGACAUAUUUGGCAUUUUUAUCAUUUUCGACGCUUGUUCUAUUAAUACAAGAAUACAUUAAUAACAAAAGAUAUGCACAUAUAUUCUCUAUUAUUUUAAUAGGAGUUUCAAUUUUGUUUAUUAAAUCUGGGUUAUUUUAUUGGAUGUUGAUGCACAUUUCUUGGGGAAAAAUUUUGAAAACAGAUAGCAGUAAUGUUUCAAUUCAAGUAACAUAUCAUUCAUUAGGUUCAGGAUUUUAUAUUUUGGUUGGGAUUUUAUUAUUAACAUUAAUUGAAUUAAUUAUUCUAAUUAAAAUAUUACCAAAAGAUCGUGAAUAUAGUAAAUAUUCAUUAAUUUCUUAG